UCUUGAGAACAGGACAGGGACGCAUACGCUCUUACACACUGACCCCAGAAGACAGGGACGACGCACAUACAGUACACACAUAGCUGCCGAGGACACCCAGAUAAAACACCCACAGAUUGGCAGAAAGCCUAGAUUUAGAGACAAACUAGCACACACACAUAAUCUCCCUCCCAGCCGAACAUUGUGUGACUGAAGAUAGCGCACACACCAGAUCUCCUUUUCAGCUGAACAUGGUGUGACGACCAAGAACAGGCAUGGCAGGAUUCUACGAUGACGGACAGACAACAGAGCCAAUGCCGGAUCUUGUGCAAUGACUACACCCCAGCCUGUUCCAAUCCGAAGAUCCGAUCUCCUAGAAAUCAACCUACUUUCUGUUGUGUAUAUGAUGCUUGUACUCACUGUUAGCAAGGUUCCUUUCUGCUAGUCUCUGAUGAGCUAACAGAGGGGCCCGUAUAUACGCUGUACCAGAUAUCUUUACUCUGAAUAAACCUGUCGCUUGUCGUACAAACUACCACCUUGUCUGAAUCGAUCCUUAAUCGGCACACCCUUCUACAUAUCCUUUUAUCAACACUCUGGACCACAGACAUUGUUUUUAUUGAAGUGAUUUUUUUUUACUACAACAUAAUCACCUAUCAGAUCAUUCACACAGCAGUUCCUAGUAAAAGGUGUGUAAAUCCAGCGGCUCUUGUAAUCGUUCUGUUUCUCUGCGCGGUGUGUGCGCUUCAGCUGCUCAUGUGAAAUUCCUCAACUCUGAACUAUCUCUCUGUUUUGUUUGCAUUGUGAGGAAAAGCUAACCAACCACUACGAGGACGACAUUUAUGAGAUCCGGGUCGCGCCUCCCUCAAGACCCUGAGUGUCACAGUAAAAAGGUUUUGAUUUAAUCGGCUCAGGCAGUAAUUGAUUUCAGUGUCCAAGAUCACUGAAAGGCAAAACGGACACUGCAAGACUCCAGAUAUAACGACAUAAACUACAAUGGAUUAUUCAACCAAUGACAGCAAAUCAACCAGCAAGAAUAAAGUGGUAGCUGUGGUGGGAGGUGGUUUGGUCGGUGCCUUGAAUGCCUGCUACUUUGCAAAAAGAGGUUUUCAAGUAGAGGUCUUUGAAUCUCGAGAAGAUAUCCGCCAAGCCAAUAUAGUCAAGGGAAGAAGCAUCAAUCUAGCUCUAUCUCACAGGGGUCGCCAGGCAUUGAAACAAGUGGGAAUGGAAGACACGAUUGUCUCCAAAGGAAUCCCCAUGCAUUCCAGAAUGAUCCACUCCUUGAAUGGGACACAGUCCCCCAUUCCUUAUGGCAAGAAAGGACAGUACAUCCUGUCUGUCGACAGAGCCAACCUCAACAAAGAACUGUUGUCAGCGGCAGAGACGUAUUCAAACACAAAGCUGAACUUCGCCCACAAACUACUCAACUGGAGCACUGAAACAGGAGCGAUGACCUUUCUCAGGGCUGAUGGUGCAAAGGAGGAGAUCCAGGCAGACUUGAUUGUGGGGUGUGAUGGAGCAUUCUCUGCCAUUCGGAAACAGUUCCUCCGUCAGAGCCGUUUCAACUUCAGUCAGACCUACAUCCCCCAUGGGUACCUGGAGCUCACCAUGCCCCCUAUCAAUGGAGAGUUUGCCAUGAAGCCUAAUUAUCUGCACAUAUGGCCACGCAACACAUUCAUGAUGAUUGCUCUGCCCAACUUGGACAAGACUUUCACCUGCACACUCUUCAUGCCGUUUGACGAGUUUGAAAAUGUCACUACAGGCGACCAGGUCAUUGAGUUCUUCCUGAAAUAUUUUCCCGACGCCAUCCCACUAAUAGGAGCGGAUGCUCUUAAGAGGGAUUAUUUCCGUCUACCAGCCCAGGCCAUGGUGUCCGUGAAGUGCUCUCCAUAUCACCUUAGUGAUAAGUGUGUCCUUAUGGGGGAUGCAGCCCACGCUGUGGUGCCAUUCUACGGACAGGGGAUGAACGCAGGCUUUGAAGACUGCCUUGUUUUCAACGAAAUUAUGGACCAGCUCAACGAAGAUUUCAGUGCUGUUCUGCCUGAGUACACUCGAGUCCGAGUCCCAGACGACCAUGCCAUCGCAGACCUGGCCAUGUACAACUACGUCGAAAUGCGGUCACAUGUCAAUUCCAAAUGGUUCCUGUUCCGAAAAUACGUAGACAAUACCCUCCACAUUAUUAUGCCAAGGACAGUAAUCCCCUUAUAUACCAUGGUUACAUUUACUAGGACAAGGUACCAUGAGGCAGUAAAACGCUGGCACUGGCAAGACAAAGUGAUCAACCAAGGCCUGUUAUGUGUGGCAGCAUCUGUUGUGGGAGGCUCCUACCUUCUAGUCAGAUACCACCCUAAUAUGCCAAACAUCUCCAUCGAGCAGCUGUGGACCAGGCUGCAGGCCCUCAAGAGUCCCUUCUGAGGUUUUGUGGGCUAAUACCUCUUCGUCCCAGAUAAAGGGGUGAAAACGGAGCUACAAACAAGAUGGUAAAAAUACAGUGUUCUGUGACCCAAUUACCAAUGUAAUUUUUUCAUAAUGUACAUUUUAUUGACUGUAAUUAAAGGCCUGUGGGGCACAUUUUGUGUUAAUGUACAGGUAACUGCCAAAAUGAUACCCCUCUUUCAAUGUUAAUGAGAAUUAUUCUUCUAGCCAUGGUAACCAAAAUAAUGGGCAACUAGGCAUUUUUAUACAUAACCCUAAGCAUAAUAGGCUGUUAAUUUCUUAAUUAACUCAGUAACCACACCUGUGUGGAAGCACCUACUUUAAAAAUACUUUGUGUCCCUCAUUUACUCAAGUGUUUAUUAAUCAUUAUUAACCAACAUCCAACUCGUGUCAGUCAUGUUGCAGUAAUUAAACAUUCCAGAUAAUUUGUGGCAUAAUAUUGUCCCAGUUCCAUGUGAGGUCAACAUGCCAGAAAAUAACUUAAGUGGCAUUUUUGUGGGUGUGUUGAAUCAAACAUAAAUACAGUAAAUAAUGUUCGAGGCCAGUACCUUAAAACCACAGUAUUUAUAUUUUUGAUUGAGGUUGCACCUGCAAGGAUAUGAGCUAAAAUAAGAUACUCUGGUCUUUUUUAUUUAACUAGGCAAGUCAGUUAAGAAAAAAAAUCUUAUUUUCAAUGAUGGCCUAGGAACUGCCUGUUCAGGGGCAGAAUAACAGAUUUGUACCUUGUCAGCUCAGGGGUUUGAACUUGCAACCUUCCGGUUACUAGACCAACACUCUAACCACUAGGCUACCCUGCCACUCGUCUUAAUGCUGUGCCAUGAUCACAAUGUUACUGCUCAACAAUACAACUGUAGUAGUCAUGGCUGCAUGACCCGUGUUGACAAAUAAUUAUUUAUCAUUAAAGUUAUAAACAUUGUUAAUACAA